AUGUUUAACGUUCUGCUGAUUGCUUACUUAUUAUUGUCUGUUGCGCGAAUCAUAAAUGGUGGCAGCAUUUCGGGAUGGGAUAAUACAACGAACGAUAAGAGCGGUUUGCCCGCUCACGGAAUUAUAACAACAAAUAUAUUUUGUGAAUAUCCGAAGAAUGCUUUCGAAGUAUUGAUCAAUAGGCAGUGCCCCGCUACAGACCCAUUUUGUGUCGUCGAUGUACCAUUCGACAUAUUGCUCAAUCAGAGGUAUAGAUGUGCCACAGCGCCACAUCGGAAAGAUCUCAUGGUAAAUUUGAUGAAUUCAUCACAGUUAUUGGCGCAAGUAAACAGUGACAGUGAUUUGCAUAGCGGUCAUUCGAAUUGUAUGUUGACGGCAUUUUAUUCGCCAGACUGUGCAUUUAGCAUACGAAUGGUGUCUUAUCUAUAUCAAUUGCCGCUCAUGUAUCCUCGAUUGCGUAUUGUCGCCACGGAUGCAAGAGACCACAGCAAAUUGAAUAGUCGGUAUGGGAUCAUCGGAACACCUACCAUAUUACUGUGGGUCGAUGGCAGUGUAGUUUCCCGUAUGGAUGAAGCACCUUUCUCAUUGAAAGCAUUCAGAGAUUAUAUAGAAAAAUGGACUGAUCUUGAGCUGGAAUACAUGCCAGCAGUGGAGAACAAAAGUGAUUUCAUUGAAAACAUACAAUUCUACAAGUCAAGUUUCGAUUGGUAUCUUGUUGUGUCAUGGUGUUCUUCUGUCAUAAGUAUUGCUUAUUUCUUCAUGAAUUCAAAGUACGGGCAAGCUUUCUGGGAAACAUUUCGCACAAAUUACUUUCAAGCAAAUGACACUCAGCAAUAA